UUCAUCUGUCAGUUUUAAGGUGCAAAGCACCUUUUUCAUCAUAUUUAUACUCAUAAUACAUGUUUAAUUCUUAUCGCCCAAACCAUCUGUGGCUUAAAUUUGUGACCACAAGGAUUAACAAAAACAAUGCUCGCUCAUGUUACAAGAUUUUUUUUUUUUUAAAGAGUAGGUACCUCAAUGUCUCCGCCCACCUUUUAAGUAUAUUUAUACAGUGUUUUGUCAGUGAGAGCUCACUGAUUGUCUUCAUGAUGACCAUCAUCUCUCUGCUCCUGCUGGCCUCUCUGUUGCCACACCUGACCUUCACUGCUCAUGUGAAUGUGGGUAUAGUGAAUGGAAGGGAAGCCCACUCCAGACCUUACAUGGUUUCUAUUCAAAUGAACAAGCGACAUAUCUGCGGUGGAUUCCUCAUUUCUGAUCAGUGGGUCUUGACUGCUGCACAUUGCUGGAACAGCUCUUUCAGCAGAUGUCAGAGUCUGACGGUUGUGGUUGGUGUGCUUGACUUAAGAAAGAGUAACAUUCGGAACCACAUCGGAGUGAAGAAUUGCAUUCCACAUCUACAAUCCAGCACCAGACCUUUUCGGAAUGACAUCAUGCUUUUGAUGUUAUAUCAAAAGAUACAUCUAAACAACAAUGUUCAAUUGAUACCAUUACCAAAGGGAGGAGAAGAUGGUACAGCAAAUCGUGGCUGUAGUGUUAUGGGCUGGGGAAGACAGUGGACUAAUGGCUCACCGAGUGCUCGUCUACUGGAGGCAAAGGUGUUCAUAGAAAAUAAGCAAAAGUGUCACUAUGGAUGGGGAAAUGAGUACAUAGACUCACAGAUGAUCUGUGUCCAUGGCAGCGGUGGAUCCUGCGAAUAUGAUUCAGGAGGUCCUCUGGUUUGUGGAGCCACUGCAGUUGGUAUCACAUCUUUUGGUGACCUUUCUAACUGCAAUUCACGUCUGAAACCUAACGUGUAUACCAAGAUUUCAGCUUUUCUUCCAUGGAUCAAAAAAAACAUGAGAAAUGUUGAGUGACUUCAUGGAAAAUAAAAAAAGGGAAGAAGUGUUUUGUUGAAUUCUCCCAUAAACCUUAUUUCAAUAAAAGUAUCACAUGGCAAGCAUCAAUCAGUUGUAUAGUGUCCUCAUUGUCACCACAUAUAAUUAUCAUAUUACAUGGGACACACAUCCCAAGUCAUUUCACAAUAGUUCACUUGGU